UCGUGCGCACUGCACGCACACACACACAAAUGUAAACGCGAACACUAAGUUUAAAUAGUGCAGCGAGGGGGACAGAGACACAGCGGAGACACACGGCACCAUGGACGGAGACAAGCGCGAGACCGUGGACACGGACGCGGACGCGGGGAGAGGAGAUCUCCAGCACGGGGUGUUUGUUAACAAGAGUGUGACUCUGGAAAAAAUAAAGUGCUAUGGCUUCGACAUGGACUAUACUCUUGCUGUUUACAAAUCUCCUGAAUAUGAAGAUCUGGGCUUUGAGAUGCUGAGAGACAGACUGGUGUCCAUCGGCUAUCCUCAUGAGCUGCUGCGGUACAUGUACGACCCCAUGUUCCCCACACGAGGUUUGGUGUAUGACACGACCUACGGGAAUCUGCUAAAGGUGGACUCACAUGGAAACGUCCUGGUGUGCACACAUGGCUUUGUUUACCUGAAAGGAGCAGAGAUUCAGGAGUACUACCCCAAUGGAUUCAUCCAGAGAGAUGACACAGAGCGAUUCUACAUCCUCAACACUCUCUUUAACCUCUCAGAGACGUACCUGUAUGCAUGCCUCGUGGACUUCUUUUCCAACACCACUAGAUACCAGAACCUGAAAAAGGGAUUUAAGCACGGUGACCUUUUCAUGUCAUUCAAAAGUAUGUUUCAGGACGUGAGAGACGCAAUGAAUUUCAUACAUGACACGGGCUCUCUGAAGGAGAGAACGCUGCAGAAUCUGGAAAAAUACGUGAUCAGGGAUCCACGACUUCCCAUGCUGCUGACUCGCAUAAAGGAGGUCGCAAAGGUGUUCCUGGCCACCAACAGUGACUACAACUACACUGAGGCCAUCAUGAAGUAUUUGCUAGAUUAUCCAGUUGGUUCAAAGUACCCAGAAAGAACAUGGCGGAUGUUUUUUGACCUGGUGGUGGUGGACACCCGUAAACCUCACUUUUUUGCUGGUGGGACGGUGCUGAGGCAGGUGGACACGGACACAGGGAAGCUAAAGAUAGGAACGUACACAGGACACCUGAAGCAUGGCACUGUCUACUCUGGAGGUUCCUCAGAUAUCAUCUGUGACCUGUUGGAUGUGAGGGGGAAAGAGAUCCUCUACGUGGGAGACCACAUAUUUGGGGACAUUCUGAAGUCGAAAAAGCGCCAGGGUUGGAAAACAUUCCUAGUGGUGCCUGAACUGACCAAGGAGCUCCAGGUGUGGACGGACAAACAUGAAAUGUUUGAGGAGCUGAGGCAGCUCGACAUUUACCUUGCCGAGCUACAUAAGGAUUCAGCUUUCGGAAAUGGAUCAGAUGUUAAUCUCAUCCAGAGCAAGGUCAAGAAGCUGACAUACGGUAUGGAGGUGUGUUAUGGAAGUAUGGGAAGUCUACUACGCAGUGGCUCCACAAAAACCCUAUUUGCCAGCCAGCUGCUGCGAUACGCUGAUCUCUACGCUGCGUCCUGCCUCAACCUGCUACACUACCCUCUCAGCUACCUGUUCAGGGCACCAUUCGUCCUGAUGCCCCAUGAAUCAGCCGUGGACCCUCACACCAGAGACCAGUCUGUCCCGGAUGUCUCAGCCAUCCUCCUAAACACACCCAUCAAGAGGCGGUGUCAGUGUGAAGGUGGCAGCUGUGGGCUGGAGAACUGUGAAGACCAGGAGAACGCAGCCAUAGCUGUGGAGACGUGAGCGUUGAUGUUACAUUGAAUUUUUCAGCUGGCCUUAAAAUGACUGUUAAACUCACACAAUAAGCUACACUUUCUCAUCUUACACAAAUACUUUACACUACUCCUGGCCACUGUUAGACAAUAUUCAUGAUGAGCUGAGUCGCUGGAUGAACUAUUUCUUUACUCUUUACAUGUUUUUUUUUUUUUUACAAGUAAUUUGUCUGCUUGAAUGUGAAGAUUUUAACCUGUUGAUGAGCAAAGCAUUCAAUAUGUCACACAAUGAACAGCUCAUGUUAGGUCAGACUCUGAUUAUUUUCCAUUUCCAGCACAAUCCAGAGUGAUUUUGCAAUGCUAAAAAUUUAUUGUUUGUUAUUUAACAAGAUUUUACGAAUAUUUUUAAUGUUUAGUAUUACAUUUAAUGUUUUUAUGGAAUGUUUUUGACAACAAGUUAGUUCCCGUUACCGCAGCUAAAACAGUUGUUUCCUCACUAGACCUCACUUCUGUUCACAAAACACAAAACAGUUUGUCAUAUUACUGGGAAAGAUGGAAAAUCGACUGACUGUUACAAAGCAAUGACACUGGAGAAACCUUCCCUUAACGUUAAAUUUCCUUUAACAGAAAACUUAUCCAUAUGAUUGUUAUUAUUGAAACAAGAUCAUAUUAGAAGGAGAGCAUUAAUAUAAUCUUGUACAGUGGAACUUACGAAUUUAAUUCGGCUUAGGAAUUUAAUUCAUUCUGUAAGCGAGUUCUUGGUGUUAAAAUUUGUAUUGUGAUACAAAUUCUCCCUUAAGAAUUAAUGUAAAUGCGAAUAAUCCCUUUCAGCCUUCCAUGAAUAUAUAUAUAUUUGUUAAAAAUCACAUAGUUUUUGAAUGCAACAUUGAUAUUGUGGGUUGACUCUUUCGAAACAGCCUUCGCUGACAGAAAAAAAUGUGUAAAAUCCAUAAACUUGCUUCGCUUGGCUUUUCACUGACGCAAACAAGCUUUAAACGGCUUCCAGACAUAGAGUACGUGCAACAUAGCUGGCGUUUGGUUCGUAUAUUUGUUCGUAUGCCGAUGCAAAUUUCAAUUCUUAAGGUGGAAAUUCAUAAGGGAAGAUUCCUAUGCCGAGGUUCCACUGUACUGUGUGGCGUAACAGCCAUCUGCCUCAAAUGGCUCUUGUUAACUUAAAGCCAUUUUAAUUAAUGUUUUUCUUUUUUGUAUUCGUCUUAUAAAACAUAACUAAUCACAAUAAACAAUAAUUAAAAUAUUUAUUAAGUUAAAACAAGUUGCAUACCAUGACAAACACCCCUGCCCAAUAAAUGCACAAAAACUUUAAAAAGGAAAUCUUUUUAUAUGCAAAUUUUUAACAAGUGUUUCCAAAGGGUGUACGUGGUCACAUGACCAGGGCUAUAAUAAUAAUUGACUUAGAAACACGGCUAACACAGAGUUGAAAAGAUAGAGAUGCAAGCAAACAGUAACAGAUUCUACAAAGUAUAGAUGCAGAAUGUUUAAUUAAAUGUAUCACAGGAGAUCAGUUUCAAUAAUUGUGGUUAUGCACAUUGCAUAAAAUAAUCUUUGGCAACACACAUUGGUUUUGUUUGAUGCUGAAAAUCAUGUGCGUUUUAAAACAAAAAUGUAAUUUAAAUUGUAUUUACUUCAUAUCUUCCCUUUUUUUUAAUCUUAUUUCGUGUAUACGCGAAGAAUCUUUAAACUUCCUCAAGAUAACCUGAAUACAUCUUUAACUAUAUCUUUUGUGCCAUGGUGUGUUGCCAUGGAAACUAUUAUUCGUGAACAUAUUGUCGUCUCGCUAUCCUGACAUGAUGUAAACACACUCUCAUGUGUUGUUCAAUUCUAGUAGUGUGUCUAAAUGAAGCUUAUGAUUUUUUUCGACGUGGCCAGGUGAAGACACGAUUACCUCACAAAUCAAAUGGUUACAGUUGUGAGAACACAGCUGCUAGGAAAAUGGUAAUGCAGGACAUUAGUUCAUAGUGGUGCUGAUGGUUUAGCAAGCUAGCAUGUUGUUGUUCAUUUGUUUCUACAGGCGAAAAAUAGAAUGCGGAAGGACGUGAAAAAACAGACAAAACACCAUUUUUCCUCAGAUGUGUUCGUAAAUUGUUGGAAAAAAGAGAUUAACAUUACACAUCGCAUCAGGCACUAUAUUGAGAAAUGUCAGAAUUGUGUCAAAAUUGUAAAGGUGUUGAAAAAAAUCACAAAAGUAUAAAGUUUUUGUCGAAUUUUUUCGUAAUCACAAUGUAGACUUCUCACUGUGUAAUAAACCUUGAGAAAGACAAACGACUGGGGAUUUAGCUUUUAGGUAAUGUGCCAUGUUCUGUAAUUAGUCCCUGUCUUUUUUAACCACGUGCACUCUCCUGACAAAGGGUACUACUUCUUGUUGCUGAAGUAGUACCGUCAUGCGCUCUCCUUUGUGUCGCUUUGUACACAAGAUUGUUGUACCCUGACAGUGAAGAAAGAUGUGUAUACACAGUACUACAUUUCUAACUGUAAUAUAUUAAUUAAUAUUUCCAUUUGCUGAAGUCAUAUAUUUUUACUUUGUGCUAUGAUUUGUGAUUUAUGAUAUGCUUUGGUCAUCCUGACCAAAUUUUUUUUUGUGAUGAAAAAAUCACAAAUCACUUUGGUGUAAAUAUCGCAGGAUUAUCUAUAUUAGCACUUCAACAUAGGAGUCCUAAUAUAUCACAAUCAUAACCUUCGAAUUAUAUUAUAGAUUUCAACAACAUUCUUCAUAUCGACGAUGGAGAAUGAGUACUGCGACACUUACGCAACUUAUCUCAGGUUCAAAUAUACACGUGUCAGAGCAGGAUUCACUGCCCUGUGCAGUAUAUGGGUCAUUUAUGAAUCCCUAAUUUAAGACUUGUCUUUACGGGAACGUAGGGUUUCUUUAUUAAUGCAUGUACAAAGAUACAUUCCUUAAAAGUUUCCAAAUAGGUGCAUUUUCAUGAAGAACUGCACUUGGAUUUCAGGUUUUCUUGUCAAGUCAGCUAGUUUUAGAGGUGUAGAAUUUUUUUAUAAAUAGGAUUUUUAAAACCCUGUCAAAAAAUCUGACAAAAUUUUUGUCUGUGUGUGUGUGUGUGUGUAUGUGUAUAUAUCCUAAAUAGUUUUAAAAGGAUUUAUAUAGGUUCCCGCUAAAGGACUUUAAGACACACCCACUCGCAGUAGUACACUAUCAGGAGUCAAAGUCACGCCCACAUUCCUAAAGCCACGCCUUUUAUUGUCUAUAAAUAUCAAAACCUGCCCACAUGUCACAAAGUGACUACAGUGUUUUUGAAAGGCAUUAUUUGAAUGUACUACUACUACUACUACUACUACUAUCAUUAUUUUUACAAAGAAAUGUCCCAGAAUUUUCAUGUUUGGAAGUGUUAUUUUAUGUAUCUUAUAAUUUUAUGGAUUUUAACAAAGUUAUGACUUUAUUGAAAGAAAGUGAUUGAUGUAUUUUACCGCUUUUAAUACUGAAAAUUGUUAUUGCACUGUCUAGAGCCGAGUUUAAAAAAGUGUUUCAAAAUGAGAUUGAAAAAAAAAAACCUCCAAAAAAACCCCUCAGUUUCAAUAUUUGUAUUAUUUUAUAUAUUUUUCCUUAUGUUUUUACACCUUUUUACACAAUUAAAUGUUACAACCCAAAAGGGCACAAUUGUAGACGUUAAUUGUAUUUUUUCUUUGUAUGUUUAAGUUUAAAAUAUCAGAAAUGAGACAAAACUACUUUUAAAUUUAAAAAAUGUAAUUCAAAAUUAAAGGAUAUUUGAUGUUACUAUAAUGACGUACUGAAUUUAUUAAAGCUAUAGAAAUGUG